GGGCGGCGCGGGCGCAUGGCUCCGUUGUAACAAUCCCUGAACGCGACUGUCGGGACGUGGUUUUAGUCGCAAAAGCCGUCGUCGAGCUUGCAGUAUCCGUCUCACUCCUCGCCCGGUGUUCGGCCGUUUUCGGCUUGGGGGUAAAUUAGUUUUUCUGCGGGGAAACCGAGGAAGGGAAAAGCACGAGACGUCGAGUAAGAGAGCCGUGUUCGUCGCGGUGGCCACGGCCGAUAUUUUCUCAGCAACGGGAAAUCCCAUUCCAGGACAAUUUCCCUGUUGCCUGCGGUAUACCGUACGCGUAUAUUACACACUAACGCAAAAUUUAUAUCGCUUACGCAUCGCAGCUAUUAAUCACAGUAUAGUGGAAGUAUGGAGCGUCCUGAGGAGGCGGUUCAGGAACGCGGUCGAAACUUCCGAUUACUUCAUCCCGAAGAACUGCCUCAACUUCUGGACUUCCUCACCGGAUAUCUUCCCGAAUCUCUGAAGUUUCAUCAAACUCUUUUAACGUACCUGGAGGAACGAGUCUGGGAAUUUCAUUUUUACGUGGCAGACGGUUGGCCAAAGCAGUCCCCAAUCUGCCUCCACUUCCCAGGAAUGACAUUGUCCCCCCACGGUACUCUCUACGAAAGCGUGGGAGUCUUCUGUCCCGGCGACAGACUGGAGUUGCUGAAGCUCCUGCGAACGGAAGACGUGUUGUUGGACUGGUCGCGUCCCUUGUACAUAAACUUCACGCAUUGCGACAUAGUCGACGAGUUGGUGCGGCUUUACGAGGGUACGGGAACGGUGAACCGAGUCCUGGGUGAUAUCUGGGCGUGCGAGGAGCCCGAGAAGACCGUGGAGAUCGAGGAGGAAGCUGAGGAGAGCCAGACGGACGUCAGGGUCCAGCCGCUGAGGCCGGAACACGCCGAAGGAAUCCACGAGCUUUACACGGCGAACGACAUGGAGUGCCACGAGCUUUUUUUACGACUUAUAAAGACCCUCCCAGCGGCGGGAGUGUUCGCGGGUGAUCGACUCGCCGCUUGGAUGGUCCAGUCCUACUACGGAGCGAUGUUCUCGAUGCAAACGCGGCCCGAGUUCCGGCGGAAGGGUUACGGCACGAAGCUCGCGAGGUACCUGAUCAAGGCGGUGGCCGACCGGGGCUACAACUCCUUCGUAUUCAUAAGGCCGGAGAACGAGGCGAGCCGGAGCCUUUACACAAAGCUGGGCUUCCGAAAGCUCUACCAAACGGCCAGGGCGAUCUUCACGCCCGAGGGAUGGGAGGAACCGGAAAGCGAGGGAAACCUCUUCCUCAGAGAGAACCUGGAGAACGCUGUCAGGCAGCUGAAGCACAGGGUGGUAAUGGACGCGAUCUGCGACGAGAAGGAGGAGGAAGCGGAGGAGGAGGAUGCGGAGGAGGAGGAGGAGGAGGAGGAUCAGGAUCGCGUCGCGAUACCGACCCCGGUUCUCGGCUCGCCCGUCGAUUCUUCCGCACCACCGACAUCGAACAAAUACGCCUCCGAGGAGGACGUAGACCCCGGCACAGCGAACGACGAACCCGUCUUGCUCGUCAAUGGCAACCGUCGCGUUCCUCGGACCGAAGACAAGGAAUCACGAUGCGUCACCGACCUCGAUAGGGAAGACGAAAAGGAAACCGUAUGCGCGCCCUCGGUCGAGGACAGCAACGAAGGUGACGGCGGAACGGAAUUCAGCGCCGGUAGAAACUAAUUGUUUGUCGUAUAAUUUCACAUUAUUUUACGGUUAUUAUGUUACGUUAUUAUAUUAUAUACAUACCUAUAAAGCUCGUUAUUCGACGCACGCGAUUUUACUUACAGUUAGGAUUACGUGUAUAUCGAACUAAUUAAUUAAACGGAUGUACGGAAAAUUUGGGAAGAAAAAAAUUACGAGGGAAGGCAUAAGAUAUAUAUAUAUAUAUAUAUAUAUAUAUAUAUAUAUAUAUAUAUGUAUAUAUAUCUACAACAUAACCGUGAGUAAAAUAUAAUAUAUAGACGAGAAACACUUGUUAUAAAAUACGUAACCCGCGGCUUGCGCUUGGCACAUUUGACAGCGGUAGCAUUCGGAGAAUAAAACAUUCCACCCUCGCCCUUGAAUUACGUAGUACUUGGUAUAAUUUAAGUUUAAGAAGUCAGAAAACGAAAUUAAAACUAAAACGUAAGAAGGAGAAAUAAAAAAGAAAUUACGAACACGUACCAUAAGUACAUACGUAAAAUAUUGUAUAACAUCUUCGUAAGAUAUCGGCUAACUUGUAGGGAUGCAGUUAAUUCUGAUUUCGUGCGAAUAACUCGAGUUAAUAAGUAUGUUUAACUGUACGUAUAUAACACAUGUAUAGAUAUUGUAUAAAUGUAAUAUUUACGGGAAAUUUGAAAGGUCUUCGUUACUCUUCAAACUCUUCAUAUCAUAUAAAUAUAGUACUAGGAAUUGAAGCGUUGAAAUGAUUGGUUAAAUUCAAAGAUGCGAAGCUUCAACGAGGGGAUUUUAAGCGAUGACUUAACUCUCAAGACAAAAUCAACGUGAAAAAAUGUGUGGAAAACUUUUUUCUCUUCUUACUGUCGGACGUUUUCGGAAAGAUUUUGCAAAGUCGCUGUAACGUGAUGGUGUUAAAUUUCACUACAGAAAAAAAAACUGAUUGCCUACAGACAAAUAUUAAUAUCAUGUAAUCGUUUCAAAUGUCAAAUUUAUCAACAUGUUAAUUUCCUUUCAAACGGCAUUUUGCAAUAUUCGCACGAAAAUGCUUAGAAUGAAAAGAAACCUCAGUUUUGCAAGCGUUAUCAAAAAGAGUAAUAUACAUAUAUAUAUACAAAUUGGCAAGUGCUCAACGCAAUUGGUCGAGUUUCGCACGAAUCUUACGACAUGCAUCUUUCGUGUAAUAAAUAUACCUAAUAUAAAAAUGAAUAUAUAUAUAUAUAUAUAUAUAUUCAUAUAUAUAUAUAUAUAUAUAUAUUUGAAUAAGAUUGAAUAUCUGAUGAAAAGAAAAAAAAGAAAAAAGAAAAAACAAAUCUCAACAUUACUAUAUUAACUGAUUAAUAAUAUGAAAUGUAUUUACCGCGCAGAGGGAGCCCCGCCGCCCUAGAUCGACGUAUACAUAUACAACAUACAUAUGUAUAUGUUGAUCCAAAAAGAGACACUGAUAUAAAUUAGUCGCGUUAGACAUGUAAUAGAAGAUAGAUAGAUAGUUAGAUAGGCAUUGUAUAAUUUUUUCUACAUUUUUAGCUAUCGAAAUAUAUUUAUUAUAUUGUUAUGUAUAAUAAUUCGGGGACUGACUGUGCUGUUCAAGGGGCCAGCGGCGCGGCGUAGCGAUUUUCGGGGCGGCAAAGGGAGGGGCGAAACGGGCUCCCCAAAGGCCCCCGUUUUUAUUUUAAACGAUCGGGGGCCAGCUGUGAUACUACCUGACUUAAAACAUUACAAAAACUCUAGUGAAAUAUAUAUUAUUAAAGAGAGGAAAAAAAAAUUUAAAUUUUAGUCGUACAUAUAUAACAUAUACGUAUACGUUGACGGAAUCAGACUUUUAAAGACGGUCACCCCGAUGGGGAUUUCUAUGGCUUAUGGGAUAUGUGCGUGUUGAACCGAUCUCGCCGAUAAAGGUAAACUACAGGAUCUAUAUAUAACACGGCUUCUUGUGGCCGAGGUCUUGCCACGAAAAUUUACCCGGGGGUGAAACCGUCUUAAAAUUCUUCCGCCAAUAACGCAAAGAACAAACGGAACGUACAUCAAAUUACAUAAAGAAAUAAACGACGAUCAUAAAAAAAAAUUCACCUUUUUUGCCAGCGUGUCAAUAUCUACCGUACAAUAUUCGUGAACUCUGAUCGACUACGUCGCAUACGGAUGAGGCGUGUAUUAUACACAUUAGGGUAGUCCAUAUUCAAAGCGUCGGCGAAAUUUUUCCGAGCUGCCCUCCGAAUCAACUUCAAAUAAUUAAAAAACAAUUACUCCACUUUUCACACACGUGUUUCGGCCACGUUCUCAGUAUAUAUUUUAUUGUAAGCGUAAUAACGUUAAAAAUAUUCUGCAACUGCAAAAUUUUACUGCUCAUUGGUCCAGCUGUCUGAUAAAAGAUUCACAUUAUCACGCCAUGAAAUCUAGACAAAAUGCAUAUUAUUGUUUUUCAAUUAUUUGGAGACGCUUUAGGAUGGGCGAAUGACAAAAAAUUCAUCCGAGCCCUAAAUAAGGACCACCCAAUUACGCAUACAGAUAAACUACUAACGAUAAUUAAUUCGAAAUUGAGGGAAGCUGACGAAACAAUUGGUGUAUGAUCUAUCAAUAUUGUAUAAUGAUUUUGUGGUGAUUACGAAAAGAUAUUCUAACUAAUUGUUAAAUAUUAUAUAUUUUGUACGAGUUGAAGAAAUAAGAGGAGGAAAAAAAGCUAUAGUGCAGAGAAGAGAUUCGGUAUGAUGUGUGUAUAUAUAGGUAUACAUUUACACUGUAUGUACGUAAAACCAAAUAUCUAAUUAUACAUACUAAACGUAUAUGCGGUAUGAUAGUAUUCACGUCUAAUAUUAUAAUUGAUAGCGGCUGACUCAUGCGUUACAGUUUAUUGUUAAUUGUAAUACUUUUCAAAUACCCAUUAUUAAUUAUUAUAUGUAUUGUACGGUGCGAUGUAAUCUCGAAAGUGUAGAGAUUGCUUUCCGUAACCACCAUAACACAUUACAUCCCUAUGCAUAUACAAUAUACAUACAUUAAUACAAUUUAUGACACCUCCCUAUUGCAACUAUACAUAUAUCUAUCCGCGGUUUCGCCGUACAUUAUACUUUUCCAAUUGUUGAUUAUUUAACUGGGCAAUCGAGCUUAUAUGAUAUAUAAAGAAAUGAAAAAUACAAAUCGCAAAUACUGCGUUACACUAGAGGCCCGCGGCACAAUUUCUCGUUAGUGUAUACACCUAUUUAAUACAUAAUAAAUCAUUACUGUACGAUGCAGCUAUAUGCUUCUUUGAAAACUAUAACAUUAUAAUUGUACUAAUUAUAUUUAAAUUUGCUUCGUUUCCGAAUCGAUAUAUUUAAUGUGUAAUUCUCCAAUAGAUAACCACAAGAUGCGCGGUUUUCGUUCAAAAAUUUUCCGCUGUUCAUUGAAUGUAUUCUCCAGUAUAACCGCCUGUAUAAUUCCGUUCACAGCAAAAGGCAUAUGUGUUUAAUGAAGGUUGAAAAUUUACUUGCGACAGGGAGGAACGGCUGAAUGAGAAUAAUUAUGUGUGUAAGAUAUGGAACGAAACGGAAAAAUCAGAAAAAACAUAAUAUUAAAACCAACGAACAAACGGCACUUCAUAUAAAUUCCAAGUGCUACCUGUUACGAUUAAGCUACAAUAUUAGUGCUUAAUGAAACCGUUUCCUUGCAAAUAGGCCUAAACAACAACAAAAGAAAAAGAAAAAAGAUCAAUUACCUUAUUCCUACGUACGCACUACUCUUGUAAAUAUAAUCUCUCUUCCUUCCGCUAUCUCGCACGUUGCUGCUUCUCGGGCUGCAGCACGCUCACUGUUCCUACACAAUAUUAUUAUUCCAGGUGAUUACAUGUUUCCUCUCAAGGAAGAAUCGAUACUACACGGCGAUCAUUCACGCCUUGAUUCAAAUUUAAACCGAUUGCACACGGACAUUAAAAAAUCACCGAUCGCAAACAGAACAAGUCAAUUGUUCACGUGCUAUAAAAAUAAUGUAACUCUUACACGAUUAAUAAUCAAUACGGCACUUUACGUUUAGACCCCUGAAUGAAUAUAAUGGAAUUUAAAUAUUGGCCAACCACCAAAGGAAUUUACUACGCGGCGCGCUGUUCAGAAGAAUAAUCCGUCGAGGAAUAGAUUUCGGCUUCGAUUUAUUUUACUGUAAUCGAUCAUGAUCAUUGCCCAAUCGUUGUGUUAUGAUUUAUUGCCAUUUUUUAUAGAGGAAACGUGUCACCGUUCGGAAAACUUCCUUCUUCAAUUAAACUGGUCACCGUUUGUAUAGAGAAAAAUUUUAAUUGAUCGCACGAUAUUUGUGCAUGAUAAAAUUGUUAUUGUUGACUAUUAUCAAGGAAUUCGAGGAUUAAUUUGGCCCUUUUUACAUGUUAUUUAUAUACAUUAGUUGUGUGUUAUCAUGAUUUUAGUAUUAAAACAAAAAUAAAAGUAAAUACUUUGUUCGAUACGGUUAGAUAAUAUUUGAUAUUCCGAAACAAGGCAUUCGGUGUGAGAAUUUGGAUGAAAAAGAAAAUCCUCUUUUUUUUCAAAUGACACAUAAAACUCUGAUUCCUGCAAUUAGUUUAGUUUAUAAUUCUAAAUAUGAACACACAUUUCUUUAUCUGUCAAAGGUCUGCAAUGGACACAUGUUUAUAUCCUUAUCCCGAAUAUGCUUCCUGCCUAUUCUCGGAAAAUAUAGGCUUACCGUCAAAUGACUAUAAUAAAUCAAUAAAUACCAAUUUCAAAAGGCUCGCCUGUACGAAUUAUCUGUACAAAUAUUGUAAUUAGUAUACAUAUUAUAAGACCUUUGAGUGCAAUUUUCAAUUCACAGGCUAUCGCAAACUUUGAAUAUCACAUAGAAAACAAGAAAAGCAUGCACAGCUGCACUUUCUAUCUCUAUCUUGUUAAUCAUAAGCCUCGUCAAAUUAUAUUUGUGUAUAGAAUUAACGAUAAUUAGAAUUGCCAAAUACAGAUAUUUGCCUUCCUUAAAUAUUAGACGUGGCAGUAUUUGCGAAAGAGAAACUAGAGUAGGUAAUUCGAUAUCGCGAUAUUUACUGAUUGUGAGUCAAUUUGUCUAGAGAUAAAUCGUGAUUCACUAAAGAAGUAUGAAUGACAAAACAGGCAACAAUGGCGUUACGCUACAAUGCGAGAUUAACAUAUCACACAGAAUUGAAGAUAAUAUAAAAAUCGUUAACAUUACCGAAAGAGGUGAUCAUUCGAUUAAACGCACAGAAGUUAAUCCAAACUUUAAUUAAAGUUUGAUCAUUUUAUUUAUGAGCUCAACAUAACAUGUAUAUUAUGGGUUGUGAUACGAUCGGGGAUCUUUGGAAUGGGGGAGAGGGUGGUAAUAAAAAAAAGAAUAAAUUCUGGAUUGGAUCAUACAUAUAGUUUAGCUUCUAUAAUAUAUAAUUAUAUGAUAAUUAAUAUAAUUCUUAUAAUAGUCAACGUAUUAUUUUGAUGUUUUUCGUUUAUGCUGCUGCUUAUUUCAAUCUUUUAUUAGUUUAAAAACUAUGACUAAUUUUCUCCCCUCUUUUCUCGCGAUCUCAAAUUUAUCCUUAUCAUAUCGCUCCGAUCCCGCAUUUCUCUCUCUCUUUCUCUCUCUCUCUCUUUCUCGUGAAUGUAUGAAAUAUCAUUUAACAAGUACUCUGCUACCCGCAAUACCACCGCAUUCUCGAGUCCGAAGUCCAUCCGUAAAGAUAUUGUAUCC